UGGGAUGACUUUACACAGCUGUCAAACGCUAUAUAAGACAGAGUUAUAUAAGACAGAGAGGACAGAAAAAGAAGGUUUUAAGGAAGAUUUAAGAAGACUAUAAGAAGAGGGAUUCCAAGACGGAGCGUCCUUAAAACAUUGUGGCUUCUUCUUUCUGAGAGACGUUAUUCAUGGAGCUACAUCAGCUUGCCGUAGUUCUGCUGCUGGCCUUGUGUGCUCAUGCUCAACCUGCAGAUGUGAUGAGUCGCUACAAGCACUUCCUCAACCAGCAUGUGUUUGGGAACAUGAACACAGGCCUGUGUGACAGCGUGAUCCGGACUCGGAAAAUCACAGCAGGAAUCACCAACAACUGCAAAGAAAUCAAUACCUUCAUCUUAGCGACACAUGAACAGGUCCGAGCUGUAUGCCAAGAGGGAGGCAUACCUAAGGGUCGAAAUCUCUAUGAAAGCACCAAACCUUUUGCAGUGGUCAUCUGCCGUUUGAGAAGUGGAGACAGACGCCCUUCUUGUACAUAUGAUGGUAAAAGGAGCACUCGGACCAUCACAGUGGCAUGUGACCAGCAGUGGCCAGUGCAUUAUGAGGAAGACCGUCUUUUCGUUUAUUAACUGAUCUAAAGGACUUGUUGCACUCAGAAAAGGGCCAGACGCUACAGAUACAAUAUAUAAGGAGGGAACCGUAAAGUGGUUCCACAGUUUGACUGUUUUUACAAGCAUGGCAAAGCGGGCUGUUACUAUUAUACUAUACUGUUACUGAACUCAUGUUUCAGGUGUAUUUUGCUGGUGAAUACUCCACAGUAUGCGGGGCUCUGUGUAGGGAGGGGCUCUGUGUAGGGAGGGGUUGCUUACACUAAAGGUUGGCUGGGCUAAAUGGAGUGGCUUUUCCAACAAGGAAUUCUCAUUAGCUCUUUUGUUACGCUUGUAUGUUCAUUAUAUGUGAAAAUCCACUUUUAAAAAGCCAUUAAAGUUUUACUACCAAUUUCA